AUGGACCCCAUGACAAUCAUCCUUUUCUACAAUGGAACAUGGGUAGACAAAACAACAUACAAUGAUUAUGAAGUGGCAGGUAUACUAAUCCCAAUAAAAUGUUCCUAUAAUGUUCUUGCACAGGAGAUCUAUGAAACCUUAUCAAUAGACAGAAACAAGUAUGGAAUUACAGUGAAAUUUCAAAUUAAAGAAGGGAUACCACCUAUAACCAUCAAAGAUGACAAUGGCUGCAAGUUCUACCAUCAAAUAAGGAAGAAAAAUGAUGAUGAAACAAGAUACCCUUUGAUGGUAAACACAUUUGAAUCAUCAGCAUCACCUGAAUGUCUUGCCAGCAACAAUUAUUUAGAAAUUGGAGAAACAAGUAUGCAGUGUACUGAACAGUUACCAACAAGAACAGAAUAUGCACAAUUGGUAGCAGAUUAUGCUUAUGAUCAUGCACAACAAGCACUGCAAACAAGUUCAGAGAUAAACCAAGUAAUUACAAAUCCUCAAAUUGACAGAAUACAUGUUGGCCAAGUCUUUUCAAACAAGCAAACACUGAAGAAUGCAAUCAGCCUAUACUCAAUUAGACAAAACCAGCCAUUCAAGGUGAAGAGAUCAUCAACUCUUGACUAUAAAAUCGUUUGUGUUGAUGAAAAUUGCAAGUGGAGUUUCCUAGCUUCAAAACAUGGAAAAACAGAAAUGUUCAAAGUUAGGAAGAUAAAAUAUGACCAUACAUGUUCGUUAGAUAUCACCUCCGGAAACCAUCCUCAAGCCACAAGCAACCUAGUUGGGCAUGUGAUAAAAAACAAAUUUGUCAACCCAAAAAGAAACUACACUCCAAAUGAAAUUGUAGACGACAUUGCAGAUGACUAUAGUGUCUCAAUAUCCUACCAAAAAGCCUGGAGAGCAAGAGAAAAAGCUAUGGUGGAUGCUAGACGCUGCCCACAAGAAUCGUAUGGCGAAAUACCAUCCAUAUUAUACAUGAUGCAAAUAUCCAAUCCAGGAACAAUCACAGAUCUUGUUACUGAUGAAGAUGGUAAAUUCAAGUAUCUAUACUUCGCUAUAGGAGCUUCAAUCAAAGGUUGGCAACAUUGCACCCCAAUAAUAGUCACAGAUGGUACAUUCUUGACAAACCAAUAUGGAGGUACUCUAUUGACUGCAAAUGCACAAAAUGCAAAUCGGCAUAUAUUUCCACUUGCAUUCGCAAUAGUGGAUUCUGAAAAUGACAACUCCUGGAAUUGGUUCAUGCAAAAAAUAAAAGAAACAUAUGGAGAAAGAGAAGGACAAUGCAUAAUCUCGGAUAGGCAUGAGAGUAUAUACAAAGCAACAAAGUCAAACUUCCCACUCCUAAUGCAUGGGGUAUGUUGCUAUCACUUGCUCAAAAAUCUAAAAAUGAAAUUCAAAAAAGGAGGAGAUGAGCUCAAACAUGCAUUUGAUGGAGCUUCGAAAGCUUACACUAUAGAAGAAUUUGAGAAAUGCAUGCAAGAUUUGGACAACAUUGACUUAAGAAUAAGAGAUUUCUUGGCCAAUGAAGUUGGAUAUGAUAAAUGGACAAGGCUAUACAGCAUGAAUAAAAGAUACAAAACAAUGACAUCAAACAUAGCAGAGUCAGUGAAUGCAGCUCUCAAAUCAGUAAGAGAAUUACCAGUUGCAACCUUACUAGAAUGUCUACACUCUUUGGUACAAAGAUGGUAUUGGGAAAACAAAAAUAGAGCCUUGAAAACGGACACUACUUUGGCAAAUAUUCCAGAAAAGGCUCUCAAGAAACAAAGAGAAAUGGGCUUAAAAUACAAGGUUGAGACAGCUAACCUUCUUGUAUACAAAGUGCACGAUUAUACAAGCUCCUACAUAGUAAAUCUGGAAAACAAAACAUGCACGUGUCAGAAGUUUGACUAUGACGAAAUGCCUUGCUCGCAUGCAAUGGCUGUACUAGCCAAAAGAAACUUCUCUUGCUACAAAUACUGCUCCUACUACUACACUAAAGAAGCUUUCAUGUCAACAUAUGAGGAUAGCAUACUUCCAUUAGGUGAAGCAACAUCAUGGAAUAUACCAGAGGAUGUGAAGAAUAUCACAGUACAUCCACCAAAAUAUAAAAGACCAGCUGGGAGGCCAAAGAAAGAUAGAUAUAAAGGAGCAAUGGACACAAAAACAAAAGUCAAGUGUGGGAAAUGCAACCAAAAAGGACAUAAUCGACGGUCUUGCAAAAAUGAAGCAAUUCUAAAUCCACUGAAGAGAAGAAAGUUACUUUAG